GAAAAAAUGGCCAAAAGAAUUGCCGAGAAGGAGUUGACAGAUAGGAACUGGGAUCAGGAAGAUGGUGCUGAAGAGGUGGGAACAUUCUCGGUGGCCAGUGAAGAAGUAUUGAAGAACCGAGCCAUAAAGAAAGCCAGGCGUAGAAAUGUUGGGUUUGAAUCCGAUAGUGGAGGGGCCUUUAAAGGUUUUAAAGGUUUGGUUGUGCCUUCAGGAGGAGGAGGGUUUUCUGCAUUUGGCUGCGCUGGAGGGAAGCCUCUGGAAGGAUUGUCCAAUGGAAACAGCUCGCCCAGUGCCCCUUCCUUGGGCAGUGCCAGGGCGGCGGCAGAACCCAAGGCGGCCUUUGGUUCUUUUGCUGUAAAUGGCCCUGUAAAAAUGGAUAAAAACGUUUCCGACCCCAAGGCCAAUGGCAGAGGCGCGCAGCCCUCCUCCUCCUCGUCGUCCUUCUCCUCCUCCUCCUCCAGCUCCACCAAAGCUGGCACCGGGAGUGCCUACCGAGAGCAGCUGGCGUCCCUCAACUGCUCGGUGCGGGACUGGAUCGUGAAGCACGUGGACACGAACCCCCUCUGCGAUCUGACGCCCAUCUUCAAGGACUACGAGAAGUACCUGGCGGCCAUCGAGGAGCAGCACGAGAGCAGCAGCAGCAGCAACUCGGAGAGUGACGCCGGGGGUGGGUCGCUGCACGCCCCGCCCCCUCCCUCGUUUGGGUCAGCGAAACUACAGCAGGAGGCCACGUUUCUGUUGCACAGCAGUCAGACUGAGACCACGUCAGAAAAGAAGAGGGAGGCUGCGUUGGAAAAGAAAGUCGAGCCGGGACAAGGAGCAGCAAGUGCCUCAUUCAACUUCGGCAAGAAAGUCGAUAGCUCGGUCCUGGGCUCCCUAAGCUCCGGGUCCCUCACUGGAUUCUCAUUUCCCCCUGGAAACUCCGGUUUUUUUAGUAAAGAUACUACUCAGAGCCAAUCGGUUUCUUCGCCAUUUCCUGCUAAAACCUCCGAGAGCCCAGCGGAAGGCGUUAGUAAUGAAUGCAAAGGUGGGGACGAGGAGGAGAGUGACGAGCCCCCCAAGGUGGUGGUGAUUGAGGUGAAGGAAGAAGAUGCUUUCUACUCCAAAAAGUGUAAACUAUUUUACAAGAAAGACAAUGAAUUUAAAGAGAAAGGUGUGGGCACCUUGCAUCUAAAGCCUACAGCAAAUCAAAAAACGCAGCUACUAGUGCGGGCCGAUACCAAUCUAGGCAACAUACUGCUCAACGUCCUGGUCCCGCCCGGCAUGCCAUGCUCCCGGACAGGGAAGAACAACGUGCUGAUCGUCUGCGUCCCCAACCCUCCGCUUGACGAGAAGAACGCCACUGCCCCCGUCCCCAUCUUGAUUCGGGUAAAAACAAGCGAGGAUGCCGACGAAUUGCACAAAAUCCUACUGGAGAAGAAGGACGCAUGAGCACCGAGUGCUGAGAGCCGCGCCGCGCCGCGCCUCCCCGCCGCCACCCUGCCACCCCAGCCUAGCUUUCCUUCCUACUUUGACAUUCUAAGGACUUCUAGACAACUUCAAAACUUUUGUGAGGAAGAUUAAGGCCAAUAAAACCUUUCAAAGUUAAGUGUCAAACAACUAUUCUCCCUUUUUAAGAACCAAUUGCAAAAUACUUUGGGAAUUUUGGGGAGAUUUUUUUUUUAAUGUUCACUUACUGAUUAAACUAAGCAUAAGUGA